GAGUAAAAAAGAAGAGCAAAAGAGAGGAAGGAGUAAAUCAGAAUAAAAAGUGCGAUUAGUCAGAUAAAGUGGCGGCGACACUGGGCGCACGGUUGGAAUGCGCGGGAGUGGAUUCGUUUAGCGCGCGCGGCCGCCCAGACUCCGCCGUGCCGCCCUCCGAACACGCGGCCAUGGCGACCGAAACUGGCGGCGCCGCGGCCGGCGGCGAGCAGCAGUACUCGCUGCGCUGGAACGACUUCCACUCGGCCAUGGUGUCGUCGUUCCGGCGACUGCGGGACGAGGAGGACUUCGUAGACGUCACCCUCGCCUGCGCAGGUGCCACCUUCACUGCGCACAAGGUGGUGCUCUCAGCAUGUAGUCCAUACUUCCGACGACUAUUAAAGGCGAAUCCUUGCCAGCAUCCCAUCGUCAUCCUACGAGACGUCCACGACAAAGAUAUGGAGAGUCUUCUCAGAUUUAUGUACCAGGGCGAAGUUCACAUCGGUCAAGAGCAACUAAAGGAAUUCCUCAGAGCUGCACAGUUGCUGCAAGUCAGAGGUCUGACGGAUGUGCCGGCGCCCGCGCCGGUGCCCACGCUUGACCAGAAAGCAUCCCCUCAGUCGGCAUCGUCUUGGACGGAAACGGGGAGCGGAGGCUCUCGAGAGGGCCGGGAGCCCCAGCAGCGUGAGGGCAGGAGAUCACGGAGACCUGACGAGGGUUCAGCAAAUACGCCGCCUCCCAAACGGGCGAGAUCAUCCGACUUGUAUCAAGCACAACUCAAAACUAGGACAGAACAACUUUUAGCAGCGCAGGGGGCGAGCCCGGAACGCUUGGGCACAAACGGUCAUGAGCUGGCACUGUUCAGCCAAGUCUUGGACAAUGCACAGGGCCAACAUAUGUCAGCAACUUCCAACAAUUUGUCGGGAGACUGUGAUGAUUCAUCGUCUGAUGCGGGUGCUAGCGAUACUGAAGGUGAAACGAGAACCAAACAAGAACCUUUGGAUUACGACGACCCAGCUACCAUGGCCAACACCAACGGAGCAUUGCCGCAUAACUUCCCAGGACUAUUGAAUUUACCAGGCUUCCCAGGACUUCCAGGACCCUCAGGAUUACCAGAUAAUUACGGAUGCCGAAGAAACCAAGACUUGCUAAGAGUUAGGGCAACGGACCCGCGGCCGUGUCCGAAAUGCGGGAAGAUCUACCGAUCAGCUCACACCCUGAGGACUCACCUUGAAGAUAAGCACACUGUCUGUCCUGGUUAUCGUUGCGUGCUGUGCGGCACGGUGGCGAAGUCUCGCAACUCGCUGCACUCUCACAUGUCCCGGCAGCACCGCGGCAUCUCCACCAAGGACCUGCCCGUGCUGCAAAUGCCGACCAGGUUCGACCCCGAACUUGCCAGCCAGCUACUAGCUAAAGCAGGUGUGAAGGUGUCCCCCGAACAGCUGAGAGCGCGCGCCUCACCGACGGGGCCGCGGCGGUCCGACAUCAAACUGGACGCCAAAUCUGCCGCAUCAGAGAGCAGCUCCGUAUGUGGGGACAAUGAUAACGAUGAUCUCAGCCAGUCCAGAUACCAGGACAGCAUACCGGUGUCGCCACCACAUAUAAACAAUUUGGCGAACACAACUAUCACAAAAGUGCCAGCGGUGAGAGCCGUCACAGCCAAGACCUUGGAAAAUCACCCUCACGGAAUGGGUGCCAUGAUGAAGCAUGACGAUUAUCCACCAGGAUACGGCGGAUCCGCUAUUUUUGAUAGCUACAUGCAAUAUUUGGGUGAAAAUAUAUUUGGCAUGAAUGCUGCUAAAUUGGCGCAAAUGACAUCAAUGCACAUGGAUAGGAAGACUUACGACGAGCCCUCCCCACAAAUGGGGUCGCUGCCACCAAACCCGACCAGCCUUGUGCACCAGCGUUAUUUCAAGCAGAUACAGAGGCAGUACACCGAUAAUAUGAGUAAACCGGACAUCAUGCGCAACUCUGACGAACCUCUGGACUUGGGUAAGGAGAGGCAAAGAAAUGAUAGUAUCAGCGAAAUGGAUAGCGAUAAGCAAGAGGCGUUAGACAAAGAGAACAGCAAAGAUUUCAACGAUGACGAUAGGAACAGAGUGAACAGUUCAGAACAGGAUCAAGACCACAGCGGUCAAGAGGAAGGGGAGUACUCAGACGACGAGCAGAAGAAUGCGUCCUCAUGAAAUGAUUAUGCUCUCACUGUAGGAGUGUUGAAUUAGUCUCGAAUGCGAGCGCAGAUAGGACAAUAUUGUGUUGAUGGUUUUUCAAACGGUGCUUGAGUGUUAUGUUUUGUGGUCAUUAGCUGAUUGGUUCGUUUUUACGGUUUAAUUGUUAACCCGUGGAAUGUCGUUGGUGCCAUUUCCAAUAUUGUAAUGUAAAUUUAUAUUAGGAUUAUAAUGGUUUACGCCCGCGCCGGUUACGGCUGCAAAUUAUUGAGUCAGAUCACUUAUUUUGCUGAAGUUUACGAGUAAAGUACAAAUCGUCGACGAUGCUUACUUGCUGGUUACUAAAGCAUUAUUUUAUAUUACAGUGGAGUUCGUCGCGAUGUUAUAUUGCCCGGUUCUCUGUUUAGUUCCCACGGGAACGUGUUCCCGCGUGAUAACACGGCACACUCACUUAGCGUACCCCGCGGUCAUGUUAGUUGAAUCGUCGACUCGCCACUCGUUUGUGAAAUUGUUUUAGUAGAUAAUAAAACUAGUGAGUAGUGUUUUUGUAUAGUAUAUGUAAGGUCCCUGUCACGUAGUAGGGCCUCUUACAUAGUAAUUCCAUCCAUCUACCUCAGCAUUUGGGCCAAUGCGGCGGUUAUAAAUAAAAAAAAAACAAAUAUCCACACAAAUUGUGAAAUUCCAUCCAUCUACCUCACUUCAAUAGAUUUUAUUUAAUAUUUUAUACAAUUUAUAGAUAUAAAUAACUGUUGUUUUAUGCAUUUUGCAGAUUGCAUUUAUAUAUAUACUAUAUAUAGAAUAUAUUGUAGGUAAAAAUAUAUGCAAGUCAUUAGGUCAUUGUUAGUGCUGCCCGUAGAUACUCGUUAACCGUUUAUUUUGAAUAGAUUACGCACUCACUAGAGAAAUAUUAGACUGUGUCACGACUGUAGCGAGUAAUGGACGUAACCUCCAAUAUCAACGUGCACACUAAUAUAGAAAAAAAAUAUCUUUGUAUACGAACAAACAUACAGAGCUUAAAAUUUAAUGUUAUGAUAAAAUUUUAUUGGAUCUACAUGCAAUUGUAAUACAAUAAGAAUAAUUUACAAUGAUGACUAUAUAUUGAUCAUAUGAAAUUUAACAAAUAUCUACAAAUGUUAAUACUUAGGCUAGUUCUCCACGGAAUACCAUACGACUGGACAUAAUACAGUGACUUACAACUAUUGUGAGUCCCAUGGGAGUCUGUGGAAAAACAGCCUAGCGGCCUUGAGACUGAGAAUUAUUUCCAAGGAGUAAUUAAGUCGCGUUUAGCCCGCCAUUGAUUGAAACAGCAUUCCUAUGGAUACAUUUUUAACAGAGUAGUUCAAUUUUGACGAUACUUUUUAUUGGAUAUAUUGUACCUUGAUUCCAAGUGAAAAUAAAUACGAAAAUUGCGGCUCUGAGUGUAGAAAAAAACAUUUUCUAGCUCGAUGUACGGGUGAAAACGGAAUUAUUAUCUAUAUUUUUAGAUUUUAAGUAUGCAAUUUUGCAUUCCUACUUGGAAUUAAUCUCAAAACAUCCAAUAAAUAAAUUACAAUAUUGAACUAUCGCGUACUUUGUACAAGGUUAUAUCUGUCGUCCAUUUAGACGCAACGUCAAUGUUGGGCUUUACGCCGCGCCUCGUGAGUUCAAAUUUGACAUUUAAAACUUUACCUAUUAUGACAUAAUGUUGCAUUGUAUAUAAACUGAGGUGAUAUGUAAGUACAUAAUGAUAAAACAAAAGCAAUAAAUAAAGUAUACCUUGAUGUUGCCUUCGAUGUGUAAAUAAACGUGGGUAGUGAUCGGUUUGUGUUGGUUUGUGAAUUAUGAACCUUAUAAUAGACAGAAGAAUGUUUAUUUUGUAGUAAUGAUGUGGGCUCGUUACUUAAAAAUAACAAUUACUGUGAUUACAAUCUCAUGUUAGCCUUCAAUACUUAUACAUAUUUUUUAGAGUACAAUGUUAUAGUUAUUUAGUAUAUUGUAAGAGUAUUUGUAAGCGAGUCACAAAAUAUAUUUACUUCCCUGAACAUUAGGAUUCACAUUAAGUAUUUAAGUAUUUAGAGCAAUAGGUGAAGCAUUUAACCUUUUAUAUGAGAGAUAUUACAAUAUUUAUGAAUUUAUUGAGAUGUCAUUCGAUAUUCUAAUUAAAAUUAUAUUUAUAAGUAUUAAUAAGGACAAAAAAACUUUGAUAAUAAACAAAAACAAAAUAUUUUAGUAAGUGUUGCCAGCAACAAUAUUUAUUGAGGUCUUUUCUUUUACACGGCUGAUAGUGUUCCGUGGAAAAGAAAAACGUACACCGACUCUAAAUAAAGGGACAAACCAGGUGUAUACCUUUCUUUUUAUGUACUACGUUCGAGUGACACUCAACAAAUUCAUAGUGUACGAUAGAAUAAGUGCUACGGGUUGAUUGAUACGUUAUUUUGUUUAGUGUGUUAGUGAGAUUUGUCGAGUUAUGCCGCUUUCGUUUGCGAACAAUCUUGUUGACAGUUAGCAGUGUUGCCAUAGUGAUUAAUUAUUUUUGACUGUAUAUAAUAUAAGUUUUGAUUGUUUAGAGAAAUGAGUGCUUAAUUCGUCAUUAAUUAGGAACUUUUUAUUUAGAUUCCAUUGAACAUUAUAAUUGUAUUCGUAAAAUUAAAUAGACAUUGCACGCUACACAUAACAUUAAUCAAUAGACAGUUACCAGAUUGUGAUCGAGA